CAAAGCCCAAAAGAAGCAAAGAAAAAGACAAAGAAUCCAGCUCCCACUCUCCUCUUUCUCCAUCUCUCCCUUGCUCUACAAACUAAACACACCACAUAUUCUCUAAACCCACCACCCUAUAACGCACUCUAGCUAGUCUCCUCCAUGGCAAAAGUACUCUCUAACAAACUGUUCUUUGUCUUCUUUGCAAUUCACAUUCUUGGGAGUGCAGUCUUUUUGCCAGCGGUGGUGGUGGAAGGGACCUGGUGCGUGGCAAGGAGUGAUGCAAGUACCCAAGCCUUGCAAACUGCACUUGACUAUGCAUGUGCUUCUGGUGCUGACUGUACUCCAAUACAGUCUAGUGGGCUGUGUUUCUUGCCUAACACAAUUCAGGCUCAUGCUUCUUAUGCAUUCAAUAGUUACUUUCAAAGGAAAGCCAUGGCUCCUGGCUCUUGUGACUUCUCUGGCACUGCUAGUGCUUCAAAAAGCGAUCCCAGUUAUGGAUCUUGUAUGUAUCCAUCUUCUCUAAGCACUGCCGGAGGGACUGGUACCACUACAAGCACUACACCAGCCGCUAACCCCAACUUUCAAACACCGCCAUCCAGUGGUGGCACCACCGGACUGAACCCUGGAAUGACUCCACUGCCGGACAAUUCUAAAGCUUCUUUAGGGUUUAUGGUCACUGUAACCUUACUGCUUCUGUGCCAUUUGCUUGUUUUCUCAUUCACAUUUCGGCCCAUGUAGUCAUUCAAGCCAGAGCUGCAAUAUGGCGAAAGCAGAGCUGGUUGCGCUUAAUUUUUUAGCUAAAUACAUUAUCCAGAAGGAAAUUCCGCUCCUAAUCUGAUAUUAGAUUUCCAUUUUUGUAUCCAUACCAAAACCAAACCAUCCAGCAAACAGCCAAACACUACAAGUACUAAGGUGGCUUGCCUGCAAUGGGAGCCAGACCAUAAUCUUUGUUUCCUGAAUGCUACCAUUAAACAGUGGCUUAUAUCAAGUAGAGGUGGGUUGCAUACACCCAAUUCUCCGGCAAAUGCAGCCCUUUUAAUCAUUUUUUCGCA